GGAGGCGCUGUCCCGUCGUCGUCUGAAUUACGUCAUGCACAAACAGCUGGUCGCUGGCAAAUAUCUGAAAAAAUGUAGACCAGCACAGCGACUGAGGACUGCAGCCGGGCUGAAGCCCCUCUCUAAAUAUUUGGCUUUUAACGAUGUGGCAGCUGGAGCGUCCGGGCUCAGGAUGUAGCCUCCCGAGGCUCCUCUUGCUUGUUUACACCUCUCUCUGCGCGCUCGGAGAUUGCCUUUUCGUGACUGAAUACUUCACCCGCACGCCUCGCAAGCUGAACGCUUUCAACUCGUUCGCCAGUGUGGAACUGUUCCACUUCAAUGUGCCUGACGACACCAUGAUGGCCGUAUGGAACCUCAUCACCUUCAAGGAGCAAGGGGGCACGUUUGGAGACAGCUGCCCCAACCGCAACGUGACCGUGUACUUCAGGUCUGGCGCUCCUCCAGUAAUCAACCCCCUGUCCACACGCUUCCCCGGGGACACGGUCGUCCCAGGGUCCUUCGCUGUGACUCUGACCUGGACUCUUCCAAACCGCACAACAGGAGCGUUCAACGUGACGAGCCCUCUCCCCGGAGACUGGUUCCUAGCCGCACAUUUACCCAAGGAUGAAGGCAAGAUUUCAGUCAAGGGUCUCUCUGAGGAGUGCCAGUAUCUGUUCCAGCCUCAGCUCAUUGUCCAGAGGCUGAUUGGGAUUUCAGUGCUUUAUCCCGGAUACUUCAUCGACCAGAUGAUCCCAGUUCAUAACAGAUCCGCGCUCUACAAAGUGUUCAUCCCCAAUUAUAUAUCAAAGGUGAAGGUUCAGCUGGUAAACUGCAGCACCAAGAACAAGAGCAGCGACAGUUGUCCCGUGGUGCUGAAGAUAAGAGCGCGGGCACCGCCGGUGCAUAACUCAAGUGCCCUCGACUGCAGGGAGUGGAACCCUUGUGAAUUACUCACGCUUGUACCGGCCUGGGAGCAGUGGUACUACAUCCUGGUGGAGAGAUAUCUGAGUAACUCCGACGUCUACUUCCGCAUCGGGGUGCAGGUCACAGAUUGCUCCAAGCCCAGUUUGUCGAAGGACCAAGUGCAGCCCAGCUCCUCCAUGAACAUGCCUCAGUCUUUCGGGACGGCGAUGGGCUUCUCCCUGUCCGAGACGCUGCUCAUGGCGGCCCUGCCCACCCUGUCCCAGAACGCCACCCACCUGCACGCCUCGGAAGACAGCAUCGUUUACCUCGCCCCCGCCGCCGACGCCAACAAGUGCUGGCCCAUCCGCCCGACCCUGCGCAACGAGCUGGACACCUUCUCCGUGCACUUCUACGUCUUCUUCGGCCCGAAUAUAUCGAUUCCCCCGGACAGGGCUGCCGUGUUCGCCAUCAAUCUGAUGCCCGUUUUAGACAGCGGAGGAGUUCUCAACAUGGAGCUCAAACUCAACACGUCUACGCUGAGGGGAGCUAAUCUCACGGUGUUUGGCUGCCUCAACCACGGCAUGCCCCUUUUCAUACAGGAGAACUCCUCGCUGAAAUGCGAAUCAGAAUCAGUGGCUGGGUUUUUCCUCUCCGUGAACGCCUUGGCCAACAUCACCAAGCUGAGGAUUCCCUACCCUCAAACAGGCACCUGGUACCUCAGUCUACGCUCUCUAUGCGCCACUGAACGCGGGUUUGAGUCUUGUGUCAACGUUACCGCAGAGGUGUACAUGCGCUCGUACCUGACUCCGUGCAUCAAUGACUGUGGGACGUAUGGACAGUGCAAGCUCCUGCGCACCAACAACUACCUGUAUGCUGCGUGUGAAUGCAAAGCAGGCUGGGAUGGCUGGGGAUGCACAGACAACUCAGAAGCCUACUCAUACAGUUUCCAGCUCCUCUCCACCCUGCUGCUCUGUCUCAGUAACCUGAUGUUCGUCCCGCCCGUGGCCAUCGCCAUCCGCAGCCACUACCUGCUGGAGGCCUCGGUUUACAUCUUCACCAUGUUCUUCUCCACUUUCUACCAUGCGUGUGACCAGCCGGGUAUCGUGGUCUUUUGCAUCAUGGAGUACGACGUCCUGCAGUUCUGCGACUUCCUCGGGUCCCUCAUGUCAGUGUGGGUCACUGUCAUAGCGAUGGCCAGGCUAAAGUCCAUCAUCAAACAGGUGCUGUAUCUGCUAGGGGCGAUGUCUCUGUCCAUGGCUCUGCAGCUGGACCGUCACGGUCUGUGGAACCUCCUGGGACCCAGCCUGUUCGCUCUGGGCAUCAUGGCCGUCGCGUGGACGGUGCGCACCAUCCGUCGCCGGCGCUGCUACCCGCCCACCUGGAAGCGCUGGGUCUUCUUCCUCUUCCCGGGCACCAUGAUCGCCACCUCCGCCGUGGCGCUGUACGCCUUCGUGGAGACGGAGGAGAACUACUUCUACAUCCACAGCAUCUGGCACAUGCUGAUCGCAGGGAGCGUGGGCUUCCUGCUGCCGCCGCGCGCCAAGCCCGACGCCAAGGUGACCCCGCUGAAGCGCCGACGGGGCUGCGGCUAUCAGCUGUGCGUGAACGAGCACGAGGAACUGGGCCUGGUGGACCCGGCCAUCAUCUCCAUCAACAGCAUCUGCACCAGCUGAUGAACUCCCCACAGCCAGCCUUUUACCUUAGAGACACUUCAUUGCCUUCUUUUAACUUGGGAAAUUCACACAUGGGAAAUUAAGCCACAGAACUUGAAAAAGCAAUGUAAAUAUUUAAACGCUGAUGUGACACACUGGAUUUCUUUUUAUUUUAUUAUUUUUUUUCUCGGUUGUUGUUUUUUUCUGUUGUUAUUGUCAUGGUAAUUCCUAUGAGUACAAAUGUAAUUAUUAUUAUCUAUAGUUAAAGUUCUGAUGAAUUGUGGGUGUACAGUGACACACUGUUGUUUGUGAAUAUGUAUUUAAAGUCAAAGCUGAAACACUGCUGCUAUCUGACGGUGACUGUAAAACUGCUUCUGUUGGUUAUUUAUUGGUGGUCUUGUAAACAGGCCAGUCGUUUUACUGUAUACUGUACGGGGGCACAGGUGAGGGGCGGGGCGUUUAUCAAGGGCACGGCUUUUCUGAACUUCUUUUGAAAUAUAUCUUUUGCACUGAGACACAAAAAUGUUAUUCUGUAAAUUUUUAUAAUAUAAUAUUAACAGUGGGCACCACACAAAUGUAAAACCUAGUUGUCAUGUGGAAUGUUAGACUGUCUUUUGCAUUUGCAAUGUAUUGCUUUUACACGAAUGUGCUGAUUGUUCUCAAGGGGGGCCGGUGGGAAGGGAAGGUAGGGGAGGGGGGUUAAUUUCCAAAGUCCAGCUGCCUGUUGUUGAAAGAGAAGACGGGGGAGGCAGGAUCACUUCAGAGACCUCAAACCAAGACCUCACCUCCUCCCCGUCCUCUCCCGACGGGACUCGUGUGCCACCACAUUCAUGAACAAUAAAUGUUUUCUUUCUUUGCCUCCGUA